AUGUCAAAGUCAUUGGAAUGGGAUAAUCUCGGGUUUUCUUUACUUCCCUGGAUAAGGACAGGACUCGAUGUUAUGGGUUUUGAGACCAUGACUCCAGUCCAAGCAUCGACAAUUCCCAUGCUUGCUGGCAACAAGGAUGUAGUAGUUGAUUCUGUAACAGGCUCAGGUAAGACCGCUGCGUUUGUUAUACCUGUACUAGAAAAAGUUGUAAAGGAAGAAGCGAAUACAUCAAAAUUCAAGAAAGCACACUUCCACUCGUUAAUUAUUGCUCCAACAAGAGAAUUGUCACGCCAAAUUGAGUCUGUCGUUCUAUCAUUUCUGGAACAUUAUCCUUCCGACUUGUUCCCUAUUAAAUGUCAGCUCCUGGUUGGUACUAAUGAAGCCACAGUUAGAGAUGAUGUAAGUAAUUUUCUGCGGAAUAGACCGCAGAUUCUGAUUGGAACACCUGGUAGAGUUUUGGACUUUUUACAAAUGCCAGCAGUAAAGACGUCAGCAUGCAGUAUGGUAGUUAUGGAUGAAGCAGACAGAUUGUUGGAUAUGAGUUUUAUUAAGGAUACCGAAAAAAUUCUGAGGCUAUUGCCUAAACAAAGAAGGACGGGUCUAUUUUCUGCAACUAUGCGUAGCGCCGGAUCAGAUAUCUUUAAGACAGGGCUUAGAAAUCCUGUCAGGAUUACCGUUAACUCUAAGAACCAGGCGCCCUCCUCUUUGAAAUUAAAUUACUGUGUCGUAAAUCCUGCCGAAAAACUACAACUUUUGGUUAGCAUUUUGAAUAACUACAAAUUCAAGAAAUGUAUUGUAUAUUUUCCAACAUGUGUGUCAGUCUCCUACUUCUACUCAUUUAUCCAGUAUUUGGGAAAGAGGAAUAUUCUCGUGAAUGAAGUAGAAAUAUUUUCCUUGCAUGGAAAACUUCAAACAUCGGCAAGGACAAAAACUCUAACAGCUUUUACUGAUUCGCUAAGUAAUUCUGUUUUAUUCACAACAGAUGUGGCUGCUAGAGGUAUUGACAUACCCGACGUUGAUCUCGUCAUCCAGCUUGAUCCCCCUACCAAUACUGAUAUGUUCAUGCAUAGAUGUGGUAGAACUGGUAGAGCAAAUAGAGUGGGUAAAGCAAUUACGUUUCUUAAUGAAGGCAGAGAAGAGGAUUUUAUUCCUUUCAUGCAAGUUAAAAAUGUGGAACUUGAAGAACUUGAUUUGGAAGUAAAGGGCAUAACAACAAACUUUUACGAGGACUUUAGAAAUUGGAUACUAGAAGAUAGGGAUAGAUUUGAUAAAGGUGUUAAAGCAUAUGUUGCCUUUAUUAAAUACUACUCAAAUCAUUCCGCAACUUCAAUUUUUAGGCUUCAAUCUUUAGAUUAUGUUGGUAUUGCGAAAUUGUAUGGUCUUUUCCGCCUGCCUAGAAUGCCUGAGAUAACAAAGUACUUAGCCACCGAAAAACAAGAAGGGAUUUUCCCAGGGAAUUGGUUGGUCGAUCCCCCAGUUAAUAUGGAUGAAUAUAAAUACAAGGACAAAAAACGUGAAAAGGAGAGACAAGAAACAUUAAAAAAUAUAAGCCUGAUUAAUGAUAAAAAGAAGCUGAAAAGUGAGUUGAAGAAGAAGAAUUUAGCGUGGUCAGAUAAAACAUUGACGAAAGAACGGAAACUCGAGAGAAAGGAAAAGAUGAGUUUAAAAAGGAAGGCUAUAGAGGAAGAAUUGAAAGCAGAAGAGCUCGAUGAAAAUGCUGAAGAAGAGCGUAUUAAAGAGGAUUGGAAAGAAAUCGUUUUACAGAAUAAACGGAAGAAAGUUUCCAGCAAAGCUAUCCAAGGCAAUUUUGACGACUUAUAA